AUGACUGAUUUUGCAGCAGCGCAAGAGCGCAUCCUCGCUCGUCGCGCUGCACGAGACGCCGCGAACAAUGCCGCAGCAACAGCACUAACCGCAUCUCGAACAGAGCAUCUCCUCCACCUCCCUCCAACCCUUCGAGUCCUUGCCCAACGGACACUCAACGCCUGGGACGUCGUAAAGAGCCCACACGGCACCAGACCAGCUUUCCGAGUCGGACAAGUCGACGCCGAGCUUCUGGACGAAGAACUGCUGCAUCUCCUCAAGAACCAGGCGGGAGAAGGGCUCAAGCUGCUCGGUACGCACCUCAAGGACGAUUGGGGAGCGGAGCUCAAUGCUGGGCUGAGAGCGGUACUCUGGAAGCUGUCGAUCUGGGAUCACGGGGCGAGCUACGGCGCCUCUCUCCAAGGCCUCAAGUACAUUGACGCGCGAAGAUCAACCGCUGCGGUUGCGGCGCCAGCGACACGAUUUCAGAGAGCCGCCUACGGGCUCCUCAACGUCGGCGGAAGAUACGCCUGGACACGCUGGGAAGACCAUCUCUCAUCAUCCGAAAACGGCUACGACGAGCCAUCACCACUCAUACAACGAUUGAGCCGCUUAACCACCCUCUUCUCCACUACACAGAACAUAGCCGCGUUCAUCUCCUUCCUCAUCUUCCUCUACAACGGCAAAUACCGAACCCUCUCCGACCGAAUACUUCGAAUGCGCCUCGUCCCCUCCUCCAACCAAACGAGCAGAGAAGUCUCGUUCGAAUUCCUCAACCGCCAACUCGUGUGGCACGCUUUUACCGAGUUCCUCCUCUUCCUCCUCCCCUUGGUCGGCAUAAGCAGAUGGAAGCGCUGGAUCGCGCGAGCGUGGAAGAAGACCAAAGCCGUAGUCAAGAACAUGAGCUCCGGCAGGCGAAGCGAAGAUGAAGACGCAGAAGACGAGAUACCAGGUGGCGAACUGGGCUUUUUGCCCGAAAGGACAUGCGCAAUAUGCUACAGAGACCAGAACCCAACAGGCGGACAGAGCGAGCAGGAUGUCAUCUCAGCAGGCGCGAAUACAGGAAUCGUCGGCAACGCAUCAACGGAUAUCACGAACCCCUACGAAACCGCCGAAUGCGGGUGCAUCUACUGCUACAUGUGCAUUGCACGGAGCAUCGAAGCUGAAGAGGGCGAAGGAUGGGUUUGUUUGAGAUGUGGGGAGUUGGUGAAGGAGUGUAGGCCUUGGAAUGGCGAUGUGGAGAUUCCGGUUGAAGAGCUGCCGAGACGGAGUAGCAGGAGUAGUCGGAAGAGCAUUGCUUGGGCUGAUGAGGUGGUUGACGAGAAGGAUGGGGAGGAUGAGAUGGGCAUGAGCGAGAUGGAACCGAUGCCUGUGGAGGACGACGAUACCUGA